AUGGGUCGAGAUAAAUUGAGAAAAGCGCGAAAUGCCGACGAGCAAACUCCAAAGGAGCGUGGAAAAAUGAAAAGCUUUAAAUACGGAACAGCGAGAUUCUUAAAACGGAAACGCGACAACAAGAACGGCGACGAAAUGAGAUUUAUUUUACGAACAAAUUAA